UUAAUAAAUAAAAAUGUAAUUGUUGGAAAACUGCUGUGGUAUAAAAGGAAUAAAACGCUUCGGGACGUGCUGCUAUGGUAACAUCACACACCCCGGCAGCAUGUUAUAGCUAUUCCUUACUUCAAAACUGUUAUAACUGGGACAUUUUUUUUCCAUGUCACGUAAAACUGCAGGUAAUAAUCAGUAGAAUGGAUCAUCAUGGCCGAGCUGGAGUCCAGGCUCACACGGCUGGUCUCUGUAGCUCUACACAGAGAAGCUGUUCUUGCUGAGAGCUCCUGAUGAAGCUCGUCUGUGGAGGAGGAGUGGCUCUGUGGUGCCCUGCUCCUCCUCUCCUAUCACUCCUGCACACUGGGUUUAUACAGAAAGCACUCCUCAGCAUUUGGAUGAAACAGCACCUCCUGUCCUCUCUCCUCUCCUCUUCAGCUAGUAGCAGGGUUUCACUAGCCGCCUGGAUUUGGCAAUAAGGCUUUUGAGAGCUCAGGGAUCAUGUCCUGAAGGGGAGCUAAUGGGGCUGUUCCAGACAUCUCGGGGUUAAUAUGGACAUUUGGUGCACUUCAGUGAUCCUCGCUGAAGCUUUUCUUCAUCAUUGCGCACAGAAGCGCGCACCGCGGCGGUGUCUCUGCGUCCUCUCUGCGUCUCCUCUGCGUCCUCUCUGCGUCCCCUCUGCGUCCUCAGCGCCGCGUUCCUCAUGGAUGUCUGGCAGCUUCACCAGGCAUGAAGCAGCAACAUGGACGCAGACGCUUGGGUUCCUCUCACCGAGAACGUGACGGGGAGGUCAGCGGGCUCCCCCAGCCUCUCCCCGGGGUUAGUGAACUCCAGCUCGGCGGUGAGCGCGUGGAGAGACGCGGAGCAGCCGGAAGAGAGAGCGUACCGAGACUUCGCCAUCUCCGCUCAGCUCCUCAUCCUCGCUGGCUCUCUGUUAGGCAAUGCGGCCGUGCUGUGGUGCACCUGCUGCACCAACGUCUUCAAGACAGUCACUGGACGCUUCAUUAAGAAUCUGGCCUGCUCGGGAAUCUGCGCUAGCCUGGUGUGUGUGCCGUUCGACGUGCUCCUGAACGCCAGCCCUCGCUGCUGCCUCUGGAUCCACACGCCAAUGCUCUGUCGAACCAUCAAGUUCCUGCACAGGCUCUUCUGCUCGGUCACUGUGCUCAGCUUUGCUGCCAUUGCUCUGGACAGGUACUAUUCUGUGCUGUAUCCACUAGAGAGAAAAAUAUCAGACGCCAAAUCCAGAGACUUGAUCAUAUACGUAUGGGUUCAUGCUCUCGUGGCUAGCAUUCCUGUUUUCGCUGUCAGUAACAUCACCAACGUCUACGCCACUUCCACCUGCUCUGAAGGUUACUCUUUAGGUCACCUUGUUUACAUGGUGCUCUACAACGUGACCACUGUGAUCUUACCCCUAGUGGCUGUGUUUGUAACCAUGGCACUGAUCCGGCGGGCGCUGAGCACCAGUCAGAAGAAGAAGGUGAUCAUCGCAGCACUGCGGACGCCGCAAAGCAGCGUCUCCAUCCCGUACGUGUCUCAGCGUGAGGCUGAGCUUCACGCCACAUUGCUUGCAAUCGUCCUGGUCUUUGUGCUCUGUAGCUCGCCGUACAUUGUGCUGUUGGCAUACCGGGCGCUUCCCAUCACUGGCCCGGCCUCGCAGUGGCUGCAUCUAACUGCCAUCUGGCUGCCUAAAGUGUCUCUACUCACCAACCCGCUGUUUUUAGUGAUGGUGAACCGGUCAGCAAGGCGCCGCCUGCUGGACGCACUGGCACACAUUCAGCGUCGCUACAGCCGGAGGAACAACUCAAUUGGCGUUGGAACAGCACCCGAGGCUGGAGCGCUGGGUGGGGAAGCGCUCGCCCGCUCAGGCAGCCAGCUGCUUGAAAUGUUCAACAUUGGCCAACGCCAGAUCUUCAGGCCAAACGAAGAGGAGGAUGAAGAAGAGGUGAACGAAAUCGCAGCAGUAGCCAAUUUCCAGCCCAGACCUGAACAAGGGGCUGCAGCCUCAGUAGGAGUGGCAGGAGAAGGAGGAAAGGAAGAGGGUUUAGCUGUGCCAAAACAUUCCCCUGUUCAAUACUGUGCAUACUCAUCCUCACAAGUAGCUCCGGCCACACCAACUGACCCUGAAGAUGCCUCCCAGUUCGGGUUCGGUCCGUUUGAGCUGCCCCCUCAGUGGCUUCCUGAAACCAGAAACAGCAAGAAAAGACUGCUGCCUCCGCUGGGUAACACUCCAGAGGAGCUGAUCCAGACCAAACAGUCCAGAGCGCGACCCGAGAGGCGCAUCAGCAGGAACAACAAGGUCAGCACCUUCCCCACUGUGGACCCCUGAGACCCUCGCCAAGCACCGCGACCAAAUCUGUACAAACUCUAAAGUAAUAUAAACAAAAUGCCAUUCUUUACCAGCAGGAGAGGAAUCCUUUGACUGACGUGUAUGUAGCUAGACGUUAGCUAAUCUCAGGCUCCAGAAAACUGUUAAGGGAACGAUUUGCUCUUUUACAGAGAUGAGAGAAUUUCUAAUGAAUUGUAUAGAAAUAAACUCACUGUAUUUGGAAAUAAAAAUGACCUGAAAAUGGUUACAUUGCAUUAAAGACAAAAGUCUGAAUGUGCAAUUUCUCAUAAGACACAUGGGAUUCACAUUUAAAUGGGAUUAAAGUUAGGGUCAGCAAUUGUUAAGGCAGAACACGUUUUGUAAUAUUUAGCACCUCACAGCUGUCAAUAAAACCUACUCAGAGAUGAAACCAUGCCUCAGACUCGUGAAAAAAACAAACAACGUGAACCACUGACAUCCAAUCAAUCAGGCCAAAGUGGUGCUUUAUAUGCCUGUCAAUUCAUAAAACUCUGCGUCUUGCAUUAGCAUUCAGGUUUUCUAGCAUAAAAGCUGUUUUAGCGCCAUGGCUUUGGGGUAAAAAUGUGUAGAGGGGGUGUUUAUUUAAAAUGUGAAUUACAAAACAGUUAGCCUUAUCUGCAGACUAUACCUUUAAUCGCAAUAACUGAAUUAGUUAGCAGUAAGGCACCACAAUAAAUUAUACUUAAUAAUUCAAACUUAAUAAGUAUCAAAUGUAGAUUGAAUACAACAUACUGCAGUCUAGAGGUUAUUAAACCAUGUACCAGUUUUACAGCAUCAUGCACAGUUAGCAUCUGUCUUAUUCUGGCUAUGCUUCUCAACUGAUAAAACGCAGUUUUAUAGAUGUUAUGUCUAUGAUAAUUGAUGAGAAAUGAUGAACUAGAAUCAAAAGCUACACCAAAAUUCCUACCUGUAACAUCAAGCUUUCAUCAAGGGUUUGCAUGGCAUGGUUGGUGGUGCCAGAUGGUUGAGUUUGAGUAUUUCAGAAAUUGCUGAUCUGCUGAUUUUCAUGCAUAACCGUCUCUAGAGUUUACACAGAAUGGUGCGACAAACAAAAAAUGCCUUGGGUAGAAACGCCUUGUUCAAGAGAGAGCUCAGAGUAGAAUGGCGAGACUGAUUCAAGCUGACACGCAGGCUACGGUAACUCAAAUAACCACCCUUUACAGCCGUGGUGAGCAGAAAAGCAUCUCAGAAUCCAAAAAAAUGUUAAAAUGUUGAGGAGGAUAGGCUGCAACAACAGAAGACGGCACCGGGGUCCAAUCCUGUCAGCCAAGAAGAGGAAUCUGAGGCUAUCAUGGGCACCGAAAGUGGACAGAUGAAGACGGGAAAAAGAUCAGACGAAGUUUUUCAGCAGUUUCUGAAAUACUCAAACCUGCCUGUCUGGCACCAACAACCAUGUCGUGAGUCACUGAGAAGACACUUUUUUCCCGUUCUGUUGUUUGAUAUGAGCUGAAGCUCUUAACCUGGAUAUGUGUAUGACUGGAUAAGCGCAUGAAAGAGAUGAGAUGGUGUACAGGUGUUCCUAUUAAAGUGAAUGUAGAUAUAAAGUGUAGAAAAAUAGGAGGCUUUGACACAGAACUUUGUGGUUCUCCAUAUUGCAUUUUUUUAGAAUCUCCAUUGCGUAAACUGGAAUUAGUCUGUCGAGUAAAAUGGAUUGAAGAAAUUCUUGAUUAUUAAUGAAACUAAAUAGUCCUAUUUUAUACUACUUGCUCUCUAAGACUGCAGUGGUCUUAAUUCUUGAAUCAAGAUUGUCAAGACAGUGUGCGAGUCACUGUUAUCGCUACAUCCGGGUUAAAAAAAAGGAGGAGUUCUGGCUUUUAGUGACCCCUCAGCCCCCCUCCUCCUUUCACCAUCAUUGCCUCUACUCUAUCUGCCCCUGGCUUGUCAUUAACCCUCUUUGAAAUCAAUAAUCGGGUGUGUUCUCUGGAGAAGUCAUGUGCACAGCUUGCUAGUAGUCUUGUGUAAAUGACGCUUUGUUUUCCGCGAGGACGCAGGUGCAGAGCCAGACACCAGCCAGUCUAAAUCUCAUGCCUUACCCUUGUCAUAUCAGUAGACGCAGAUGUGAGCUGACUUUUCUGGAGCGGGAAGAUAAGAUAGCAGAUGUUAUGGUUGGUUUUUUUUGUUUUUGUUUUUUUUUACAGCCCAGAAUUCCUCUCAGUGAAUCAUGUAUGCAGAGUAGAGGAAGGAGAGGAAUCACAAUGAUGCCAGAGCAGCCUGUUAUGGAAAUGGUGAAUUAUUGAAUGUAUUCAGCUUUGCCCAGCUCUGUGCAGAAAUAAAAAACAGUGCUUUCUUAUUUAGUCCUUGCUAUGCUGGGUAAUGUUGUACAGAAAUAGCUUUUGCAUCAUCUUUUCUCAUUGUAAUGAGACGCUGAUGGGGUUUUGGUUUUCUUGCAUGGCAGCACACAGACAUUUAUAGGGUUUUUUUAUUUUUAUUUUAUUUCCCCUCUCUGGUUUUUAGCAGACUGACGACAUGGCUCGGUUUAAUGACUUGAUGACGAGAAUGUUUAAAGACAAAUGGACAGAGCAGUACAUGUUUAUUCUCCUCACGUACAAUUUAAAACAUAUAUGUUUAAUCUGUUCAGAGUCAGUGGUGCUAGUCAAAAGUGUUAAGAGGAUAUAUAUUUUAGCAUUGUUUUAUUUAUAGCCAGAAAUGUACGAUUUAAAAGGUAAAUGUUGUCAUGUUAGUCGUUUAUCCAGGCCUUUGUAAACAAUUCACCUUGUAUAACUUACAUUUUAUGUCAUUUUAUGUAAUUGCCUUUCAGACACUGUGACCGUUUUUCACUCUUUAUCACACAAGCUAGCAUUUUAAAUUCAUAAACAUGAAUCAGAGUGGGUAAGGUCGUUGCAGUUGAUAAAGAUUCACAUCAAAAAUGCUAAGGCUUUUAGUAUUGGGUGUUGUUUAGCUACACAUACAUAGAUCACUUAAUAGCAGGUACAAACUGUGAGUAAUCUGUGCAUAGGUUCAAAUUUAUGUGGCAAAAAUUUAGAUGAGCAAAACUGAAUCACCUGGAUGUUUUGGAUGUUCAAUUCACUGAAUCGACUCGGUAAAUUGAAUCUAACUUCCAAUCACUGUGUAUACUGUAGGUGCUGUUUGAGGGAGGAAAAAGACAGAAAAUGUGUGAACACUCGCUUACACAGUACCAUUUUUUAUAUGAUUGUGUCAAAUGAUUCGUAUGUCCUUGAUUGGCUGUGUUGAUGAAUCACUGAGCUCAGCCUGAAGGAGGGAAAUGGCACUGGAGAGACAUGUGGGCUCUGGUUAAAUAUUUGCUUUCCUCUCUAAACUCCUCUGGAUUUUUCCCCCAUACCCCGGUGUGCAGUCUCAUAGGAACAUUAGUAUCUCUGCACAUGUCCUACAAUCGGCAACAGAAUUAUUAUUGUUGCUCAUAAAAAUGAGCAAAAAUUAAUAUACAAAAUGAAUAACGUGCAAUGAGUUUAAAUACACUGGCAAGAUGAAAAGAUUUAUUUCAACAAAAGUGCGUUUUGUUCUCCAAAACCUUUUUUUUAAUUAUUGGUACACCUUUAAUUAAUACACGGUGUAUGUCAUUUAAAGCCAGCUUGCAGGAAGGCAUUCUUGUCUUUGUCUUGUCCUGUAUAUCUAUAAAGAGAGCAAAAAUCAUUAGUAUUCAGUGCCAUGCUUCUCCAGGGUUAGCUCAUAUUCAUUAAAUCAGAAGGCUUCAAAAGCCCUGACCUUGUGACAGAGCUGUGUGAACAGCUUGCUGAGAGUCUUAAUUACUGCCAUUGAGAUGCUAGUCUUAACAGCUCUGUUUAUUUUCUAGCCAGAGGAGGAUUAAAAGCUUAGAUGGACAUGUAUGUAGUCUUAGACAUUGUACAUUUUUGUACAUGUUUUGUCUUACAUGCCUAUUUUAUACCUACUGCAGAUAGAUUUCAAUUCAGUGUUACACAGAAAUGUAUAUUUUAACAUUUAAGUAAUGGACCAUAUUAAUACGUUCAAAAAUCAGAAAACACAACAACAACAACAACAUCAGAAACCCAUAAGCAAAUGUUAAGUCUUUAUUGAUCAUCACAUGCUCACUGCUGAUCGCACUUUUUAGUCUGUAAUCUAGUUAUCCUAACGAAAACUAUUUAAUGCAAAGCUACUUACAGAGCUACUUACAAGCACAAGCAGUAGUCUUUCUUCUGAAUAACUUCCUUAAAGCAGCUUUUUUAUUGACCGCAUACUCACAUAAUCAUAUGACUGAUAAAUAUAAGCAUAAAUAAAAGUA